UCUUCCCAUUUCCCGUCUCUCUCUCCUCUCUCUCUCUAAAGCUGCGUUUUUCUUCAUUUCAUUCUAUAAUGUGCGUGGCGCUGUUCCCUGUAAUGUGUGCUUGAGAGGGAGGGACAGAGAGAGGCGGGAAGGUAAAGUUUGGGUCAUGAGUUUUGAAGAGAGAGAGCUAUAUUGAAGUGGGUUUGUCUUGCUUUUGAAGCUUUGAGCUGUGUUGUUGUUAUUGGGGUUGAGAGGUAAAUGGAUACCAAGGGAAGACUUGUUGCUGGUUCUCACAACAGGAAUGAGUUUGUUCUCAUCAAUGCUGAUGAGAUUGCGAGAGUGACAUCUGUUAAAGAACUAAGUGGGCAGAUUUGCCAGAUCUGUGGAGACGAGAUAGAGAUUUCGAUUGAUGGUGAACCUUUUGUCGCCUGCAAUGAGUGUGCAUUCCCAGUAUGCAGGCCUUGCUAUGAAUAUGAAAGAAGUGAGGGGAAUCAAGCAUGCCCUCAAUGUAAAACCAGAUACAAGCGCAUUAAAGGUUGCCCUCGUGUGGAAGGGGAUGAGGAAGAGGAUGGUGCUGAUGAUUUGGAAAAUGAGUUUGAUAUCGCUAGCCAAGAUAGGAGAGACCCUCACCAUAUUGCUGCCGCCAUGCUCUCUGCUCGACUCAAUAUCAGACGUGGUUCCCAACCUCAUGUUUCGGGACUAAGCACGCCAGCUGAGUUUGAUGCUGCUUCUGUUGCUACAGAGAUCCCUCUUUUGACAUAUGGCGAAGAGGAUGCUGGGAUUUCCUCUGAUAAGAAUGCUCUCAUCAUUCCUCCUUUUAUGAGUCGCGGAAAAUGUGUCCAUCCAUUGCCAGUUCCUGAUCCUUCCAUGACUUUGCCACCCAGACCAAUGGAUCCUAAGAAAGAUUUGAGAGUUUAUGGGUAUGGAACUGUUGCAUGGAAGGAAAGAAUGGAGGAUUGGAAGAAAAAACAGAAUGAGAAACUCCAGGUGGUUAAGCAUGAAGGAUAUAACGGAGAUGAGUUUGACGAUCCCGAUUUGCCAGUGAUGGAUGAAGGCAGGCAGCCGCUUUCAAGGAAACUACCAAUCCCGUCUAGCAAGAUAAAUCCAUACAGAUUAAUUAUCCUACUCCGGAUUGUGGUCUUGGCAUUGUUUUUCCACUAUAGAAUUCUGCAUCCUGUGAAUGAUGCUUUCUUUCUGUGGCUUCUUUCAGUCAUAUGUGAAAUAUGGUUUGCUAUAUCAUGGAUAUUAGAUCAGUUCCCGAAAUGGCACCCAAUUGAACGAGAAACAUACCUUGAUCGUUUAUCAUUGAGAUACGAGAAAGAAGGGAAGCCGUCUGAGCUAGCUUCUGUAGACGUAUUUGUGAGUACAGUUGAUCCCAUGAAAGAGCCACCACUUAUCACUGCAAAUACAGUUCUUUCUAUCCUUGCUGUAGAUUAUCCAGUUGAUAAAGUAGCUUGCUAUGUCUCUGAUGACGGUGCUGCCAUGCUCACGUUUGAGGCUCUGUCUGAGACAGCUGAAUUCGCAAGAAAGUGGGUACCAUUUUGUAAGAAGUUCAUCAUUGAACCCCGGGCCCCAGAGUGGUAUUUUGCUCAGAAAGUUGACUAUUUGACAGAUAAAGUAGAUCCAGCAUUUGUGAGGGAACGCCGUGCCAUGAAGAGGGAAUAUGAAGAGUUCAAAGUUCGAAUAAAUGGCUUGGUUUCCACGGCUCAAAAGGCUCCAGAGGAGGGUUGGACCAUGCAAGAUGGGACUCCAUGGCCAGGAAACAAUGUCAGGGAUCAUCCUGGAAUGAUCCAGGUUUUCCUUGGUCAUGAUGGCGUUUGUGAUAUUGAAGGGAACGAAUUACCUCGUCUGAUUUAUGUUUCUCGUGAGAAGAGACCAGGCUUUGAUCACCACAAAAAGGCUGGAGCGAUGAACUCAUUGGUGCGAGUUUCUGCUAUCAUCUCCAAUGCUCCUUUCCUACUGAACGUUGAUUGUGAUCACUAUAUAAACAACAGCAAGGCUCUUCGUGAAGCUAUGUGCUUCAUGAUGGACCCUAUUUCAGGAAAGAAGAUCUGCUAUGUCCAAUUUCCCCAAAGAUUCGAUGGCAUUGAUCGACAUGAUAGAUACUCAAAUCGCAAUGUUGUAUUUUUUGAUAUCAACAUGAAAGGACUGGAUGGGAUUCAAGGUCCUAUUUAUGUCGGAACUGGAUGUGUCUUCAGGAGGCAGGCACUCUACGGGUAUGAUGCCCCUGUCAAGAAGAAGCCUCCAAGAAGAACAUGCAAUUGUUUGCCAAAAUGCUGCUGCUGCUGCUGUUUCCGAUCUAAAAAGAAGAAUAGGAAAUCAAAGUCCAGUGAGAAGAAGAAAAACAACAAAGAAGUUACAAAGCAGAUAUAUGCUCUGGAGAAUAUUGACGAAGGAAUUGAAGGUAUAGACAAUGAGAAGUCAUCCCUUAUGACGCAAAUCAAGUUCGAGAAGAAAUUUGGUCAAUCACCUGUUUUCAUUGCUUCAACUCUUAUGGAGGACGGAGGAGUUCCAAAAGGAGCAACAACUGCAUCACUUUUGAAAGAAGCCAUCCAUGUCAUCAGUUGUGGUUAUGAAGAUAAAUCAGAUUGGGGAAAAGAAGUUGGGUGGAUAUAUGGUUCUGUUACAGAGGAUAUAUUAACAGGCUUCAAGAUGCACUGCCAUGGCUGGCAAUCAGUGUACUGCAUUCCUAAAAGGCCCGCCUUUAAGGGUUCGGCUCCCAUUAACCUCUCAGAUCGUCUGCACCAGGUUCUUCGUUGGGCUCUGGGAUCUGUUGAAAUUUUCUUGAGCAGGCAUUGCCCAAUAUGGUAUGGCUAUGGCUGUGGACUGAAACCCUUGGAGCGCUUUUCUUACAUAGCCUCUGUUGUGUACCCUUUGACAUCAAUUCCACUGCUCAUUUAUUGUACACUGCCAGCUGUCUGUCUCCUUACUGGAAAGUUUAUCGUCCCCGAGAUUAGCAAUUAUGCCAGUCUUCUUUUCAUGUCUCUCUUCGUAGUCAUUGCUGUGACUAGCAUCCUCGAAAUGCAGUGGGGAGGUGUUGGAAUACAUGACUUGUGGAGAAAUGAGCAGUUCUGGGUGAUUGGUGGUGUCUCCUCACACCUGUUUGCUCUCUUCCAGGGUCUGCUCAAGGUUUUAGCUGGUGUUAACACGAACUUCACAGUCACCUCGAAAGGAGGAGACGAUGGAGAAUUUUCUGAGCUAUAUAUAUUCAAGUGGACAUCAUUGUUGAUUCCUCCUAUGACGCUGUUGAUCAUCAACAUAAUUGGAGUCAUAGUUGGGAUUUCAGAUGCCAUCUCUAAUGGAUACGACUCAUGGGGACCUCUAUUCGGUAGACUGUUCUUUGCGAUCUGGGUCAUCGUUCACCUCUACCCGUUCCUCAAAGGGAUGAUGGGGAAACAAGACAGGCUUCCCACCAUUAUUGUGGUUUGGUCAAUACUAUUAGCUUCAAUUUUCUCCCUUUUAUGGGCUCGAGUCAACCCCUUUGUUUCGAAAGGAGAUAUUGUUUUAGAAGUGUGUGGUUUGAACUGUGACUAAAAUACAGGAAAAGAAUAAAAGGAAAGGGAAGGGGGGGUUGUAUUUCACGAAGAAAACUUGUCCGGAAAUCGCAUAAAAUCCGCAGCGCAUUUGGUGGAAGAUGAAGACAUCGUCAGAUGUGCCAUUGUUGCCCUCAGCAUGUACUGGUAAGGUAAGCAAAAGGGGAAACCAUGUUGGAAUAGCUGUAGAUACACAAGAGUCGUGAUCCCCAUAUUUGUUUUUGUUGAUUUCUUUAUUGAUUCUUUGGAUCCAAAAGGGUAAAAAAUAAUAAUGAUAUUAUAUUCCCUUCUCAAUGAGAGGCUUUCAGG